CGUUAAGCAAAUGCCGUGCAUAUCAGUACGCAUCGAGAUAUCACACAAGUAUUAUCUCGCACACUUCUCCGAUCAAAAUUGAUUAGAAUUCGUAGGUGAAAUGGAUUAUUCUGUAACAAUUGCGAUUACUGUUGGUUGCUGUUCAGUUGUCUACGCUUUAAUAAGGUACUAUUCAUCUAAGGAUAAAAAGGAUAAAUUAUUAGAGUUAUCGGAUACUUGGUGGACUCCUGGCACCGAAAACUCUGUCGACAAUGACAUCAAACCAUACGAGAUCGCUUUUUCCGAAGAGCUCGUGAAAGAUUUGAAGUAUCGAUUAAAGCAUACUAGACCUUUGACACCGCCGUUGAAAGACGUUGCUUGGAAUUAUGGCACUAACACGGAUGCUUUACGCAAAUUUUUAGAUUACUGGGCAAACGAUUACAAUUUUCAGGAACGUCAGAAAUUUAUAAAUCAAUAUCAACAUUUUAAAACUAAUAUUCAAGGAUUGGACAUACACUUUAUUCGCGCAAAACCAAGUAAUGCAGAAGAAAAACGAGUCUUACCACUGUUAAUUUUACACGGAUGGCCCGGCUCUAUAAUAGAAUUUUACAAGAUCAUCCCUUUAUUGACGACACCUAAAUCAGAACACGAUUUCGUAUUUGAAGUGAUAGCGCCUUCCUUGCCUGGAUUCGGUUUUUCCAGUGCAGCUACAAUACCUGGCCUCUCAUACAUUCAGAUGAGCGUGGUACUAAAAAAUCUCAUGUUGAGACUCGGUUAUGAUAAAUUUUACGUACAAGGGGGCGAUUGGGGCGCGUCGAUCACCAGUACUAUGUCCGCUCUAUUUCCGCAACACGUACUAGGUAUGCAUUCCAACAUGUGCUCGGUAAUGAAAAAACGGGUUCUAAUGAGGCAAAUGAUGUACGGAUACCUUUCUUCUUUCUUGCCUUGUGCGAAAAAAACUGGCAAAUCACAAGCAUUUUCAUACAAAAAUUUCUUAGCAGAAACUGGAUACUUUCAUAUCCAAGCUACAAAGCCAGAUACAGUUGGUGUAGGACUAACUGACUCACCUGCUGGUUUGGCAGCGUAUCUUAUAGAGAAAUUUUCGACUGGUACAAAUCAUUCUUAUAAAAAUAGAGCGGAUGGUGGACUUCUGGAAAAAUAUACAUACGAUGAGUUGAUUGAUAAUUUAAUGAUUUAUUGGGCAUCCAAUAGCAUUACUACAGCCAUGCGAAUAUACGCUGAAAUGUUUACCAAGGAAAACUUAGUGUUGGGAAAUCUCAUAAAUUCAACAUUGAUAAAGGUUCCCAGCGCUUGUGCGCAGUUUCCUAAUGAGAUAAUGGAACAAUCUCCAAAAUUACUCAGAACACGAUUUGUGAAUCUUUUACGUGUUACUAAAAUGCCUCGAGGUGGUCAUUUUGCAGCAUUCGAGGAGCCUGAAUUACUUGCAAAUGACAUAUGGGCCUCUAUUGAUGAGAUGGAAGCAUGGACCAAAAGACAUAAUAAAAAUUUGUGAUUUAAUUUAUAACGCACACAUGUGUGCAUACAAAAAUAAUAAAAGUUCAAACUUGUAUUCGUAUCUUUUGACAAGUUUUCAGAAAGAAUUUAUAAAAGAGAGAAAUAUAUAUAUAUAUAUAUAUAUAUAUAUAUAUAUAUAUAUAUAUAUAUAUAGUGACUUAAACUUGCUAUCACGAAAAAUGAUGUAUUUUUAUAUAAAUACAGAUAAAUGUUUUAAUAAACAAUAAAUAUCAAAUAA